UAAAAGGCGGGGGGAGGAGCUGUCGUUUUGAGUUUCUAUCCAUCAUCAUCUCGUCUAGUUAUCUACUCGUCACUCAACCAAUCCUAUUGAUCGAUUUCUCAUCUAUCUAUUCUCUACCUAGUACCUAGAACCUAUAACCUACAAAACCGACAUGUCCGCCAACGAUUAUUACGGCAGUGGUAACGGUGGCUACGGCCAGCAGGGUGGUUAUCCUCAGCAGCAGAACUUUGGCCAACCUCAAGGCUAUCCUCAGCAGGGCGGCUAUCCCCAACAACAGCAGUACUCCCAGCAACAACAACCUCAGGGUUACGGCUACAGCCAACAGCAGCCUCAAUACUCCUCCCACUCGCCUCAGCCCAGCUACGGCUCGCAAGCUCCUCCCCAGCAGCAAUACGGCCAACAGCCCACCUACGACCAGCGCGGCUCAUCGUCCUAUCCUCAACAACAAUACAACCCUCAGUAUGGCGCCCCUGCUUAUCCCCAGGGCGGCGCUCCUGGACAAUACCCUCCCGGCCAACCCGGCCCGGACGGUGAUCGUGGUCUCGGAGCCACUCUCGUCGGUGGAGGCGCCGCUGCUUGGGCUGCGCACACAGCCGGCGGUGGUCUUCUAAGCAGUCUUGGAGCUGCGGCCGCUGGUGCCAUUGGUGCCAAUGUGCUCGAGAACAAGUUUAAGAAGGGCAAGAAGGAUAAGAAACACAAGAAGGAUAAGAAGCACAAGAGCCGCGGCAUGGACAGUAGCUCCAGCAGCAGCGAUUCUGACUAACGAUGGUUGUUCAUGAUGGAAUAUGGAGAUUAGGUGUUAUAGCAAUUAUUUUUUAGAUUUAUGUUGGGAAUACGACGAACACUUGGUAAC